GGAUGCGACGGGGCUGGAAGAUGGCUCUGUCCGGGGGGCUGCGGUGCUGCCGCCGCAUGCUGGCUUGGGUGCCCGUGCUCGUCAUCGUGCUCGUUGUGCUUUGGUCCUACUACGCCUAUGUCUUCGAGAUGUGCGUGGUGACUGUGGCCAACACAGUAGAAAAAGUCAUCUACCUCACAGUGUACCAUGCCCUCUUCGUUUUCUUCAUCUGGACCUACUGGAAAUCAAUCUUCACUCUCCCACAUCAGCCACACCAGAAGUUCUUCAUGUCCUACGGAGACAAGGAACGCUAUGAAAAUGAAGAAAGGCCUGAGGUUCAGAAGCAAAUGCUCCUUGACAUAGCCAAGAAGUUGCCGGUGUAUACAAGGACUGGGAAUGGAGCUGUGCGAUUCUGUGACCGGUGCCAUCUGAUCAAGCCUGAUCGCUGCCACCACUGCUCUGUCUGCGCCAUGUGUGUCUUGAAAAUGGACCAUCACUGUCCUUGGGUGAAUAACUGCAUUGGAUUUUCCAACUACAAAUUCUUCCUUCAGUUCUUGGCCUACUCUGUUCUCUACUGCCUCUACAUUGCUGCCACUGUUUUCCAAUAUUUCAUCAAGUAUUGGGUGGGUGACCUGCCCAAUACCCGCUCCAAGUUCCAUGUCCUCUUCCUCCUCUUUGUGGCUUGCAUGUUUUUCGUCAGCCUGAUGAUUCUCUUUGGGUACCAUUGCUGGCUUCUCAGCAGAAACAAAACGACCUUGGAGGCCUUCUCGGCUCCGGUGUUUCUGAGUGGCCCGGACAAAAAUGGCUUCAACCUUGGCUUCAUCAAAAACUUCCAGCAAGUGUUUGGUGAGAACAAGAGGCUGUGGUUACUCCCCAUUGGGUCCAGCCCAGGUGAUGGACAUUCCUUCCCGAUGAGGUCCAUGAACGAAUCCCAGAAUCCCCUGCUGGCCAACGAAGAGCACUGGGAGGACAAUGAGGAGGAUGCUCGGGAUUUCCCGGAAAGCUCAUCAUCGCUUGCCAUUGAAAUGGAGACAUAGCACUUUUCCCAUCUCCUGCUUGUGUCCACUAGGCCCCCAUCACCUCUCCUUCCUAUGAGGCUGGCAGAGUUCAAGAUCUGGAGAUGCCCAGUGUUCAAAACGACACCACGGUGGAGUAUGAUUGGAUCCCAACCCUCACAAUCUGGAAAUAUCCCAUCCCAUGCCUGAUGUGCCAAUUUGGCAGGGCUUUCCAAGUCCUACUUUCAUGUCGUGACUCCACUAGGCAGGUUGAUGGCCACUGGUUCAAGCCAAUCUACCCUCGCCUCUUUCUCCUUUAUCCCCCAUCAGUGAGGGCCUUAAUGCAACACUGGGCUUCUUUCCAUUUGCUCUAGCACGCCCCUUGACCUGGGAAGCCCAGGAAGCCCCUGCAUUGUGGUGUGUGAGGGGCAUUUGAGUGUGUGUGCUGCAUGCGCCUCUGUGUAUGUGUGUAUGUGCAUUUAUACAUAUGCAAAAGUACAUGUAUGGGUGCAGGCUGUGUACAUAAACUGGCAUUAAGGUGAAUGGCUGAUCACCAGAAGAACCACGAUUCAGAACCAAGGCUAGAGCAUUGCUUGGAGCCUCUGUGUAGACACAAGCUUCCCUGUCCCCCCACCUCCACCCCAAAUUGGCUGAGCUCUUGAGUGCAACCCUCAGACCAGACAGGACCUUCCAAUUUCUGAGAGAUCUUCACAUGCUGAAAAGGCCUAGGGAACUGAAGCACUAUGGGAAACCUCCCCCAGCCCAUUUUCCCUCCUCAGCCUCAGGCCCCCAAGUCCAACCCCAGCUCAAAUCCUUCCCCCCAAAGAGACAGUGCUCUCACCCACCCGCAGCUGCUCAGCGGGGGAGGAUUUCAGCCCUAUCCCACCACAGGCCCAAGAGAUCGGAUAAUACUAUAUCCAAGCUACAAAGGACCAUAGACAUCAUCUUGUCCACACAUGCACUAUCCCCACCUCUCAUCAAAGCUGAGGAAACUGAAGCCUUGAAAAGAGAAUAGAUUUGCCUACCCAAGUCACAUAUCAGAUGCAGGAUUUGAAUCCAGGACCUUGGACUCCCAGUCUAGUGUGCUUUCCCCUUCACCCUGUUGAUGCAGGAGCUAAAAGAUAAGCUCAGAGCAGAUUAAGGGCAACAAGUGUCAGAUGCUCAACCUUCCCCCCAAAAAAAAGUUUACCUCCCCCCCAACAUUUCCCUCUUCCCCAACACAUUUUCCUUCCCCCCGCAACACGUUUCCCUGCAUACACGUGCACGUGCACACACACACACACACACACACACAUGUAUACACCCUGUGUUCUUAGACUUUACAAACAGGUUCAAUGAGGACCAAGAAAUGAUUGCUCUGAACUGUGGGCCAUGAGCUUUGAGGAUGCUUUUUCAAUCCUAACCUUGUUCUUUUCCUAAGGAACAAGUUUCAGAGCUACCAUUAGCCCUAGAGCUCCCACCACAUAAAGACUUCUGUUUACUCCCCAGGGGUUAGAAUAUAAACAUUGAUAAACUGAGCAGUAACGCGCCAGUCCUUUCUUUGACCUUUUCAAAGCUUCACCAGGAGCUCGGCCAUUAGGACGGCUCGGUAGUUUCCAUUCAUUGCCCUCUUUCCUUAUAAUCAGCCUCUCCCUAGCCCUCGGUGCAGUGUGGACACUAAAGCUGUUUACCCUAUCCUAAUACCUUGGAGUACUGAUGCAUUCAGCUUCCCUGGCAAGCCUCUUGUCCCCAGCUGCCGAGAGCUGAGCAAAGAGAAGGCCAAGGCCUCCCAGGCCAGCCUUCACAGUAUGCACGGCUGUGGGAUGGAGCUGCUGGAGCUGGGCUUUCAUCAAAACUCCCAGCUGCUGGGCCAGGCUGCAGAGAAGCUGAAGCCCCACGUAAUGGAUGGGACCGGUGGUUUGGGGCACACCCAGAGCCCUCUGGCCAAGGCAGCUUCAGGAGCAAAGCUCAACUGUUACGGCGAUGGUUCCAUCUGACUACUGGCCAAAGUUAAGUUUCUUGGUCCUUCGAAAAGCCUGAAGCCAAAUGACAGCCUAGAAGACUGUGGCCUCACAGUUUCUGUAUGUCACCCACCAGGAAGGGAGAGAAAAGCCCACUCUCUCCUACCUGGGCAGAUUUUCCCUUUCCCUCUCUUAUAGACUGGAAGCACAGGAGAGGAGGUGGGUGAAGAUCCACUAGUCCAACCUCCCUCACCUUAAAGGUAUGGAAACAGAAGCCCUGAGUGGGAGAAGGUCCUGCAGGGAGGCAGCUGAGCGGGUGAUUUGAACCCAGCUCUUCCGAUUCCCAAUCCAGCGCCCUCUCCACCCUACCAUGCUGCCUUUUCUGCCAGUGGUUCUGCUAAAGCAUCUACUACCCCCAAUCCCAGGCAAGGUGAUAUCUCCCAUGCCCUGGCAAAUAUUAAUAUUCCCCUUCCAAAAGUCAAGUCACAAAGGCAUUCUUGGCACCUUGGUUCCACUGGCAUCCAAUCCGGUCAUAACCUUGGCUUUCCAGAGGUCACCAUAGGGCUGACCACUGCACCAAGCUAGAGGCCCUGCUGAGAAAGAGAUAGUACGUUUGCUUAGAAUCCUAAACUGUACAGACUUUACUUUAGAGCUGGAAGGAAGCUUAGCGAUCAUUUGAUCUAGCAGUUCUUGAUCUGGGGUCCAUGAACUUGUUUUUUGAAUAUUUUGCUGACUGCAUUUCGGUACAAUUGGUUUCCUUUGUAAUCCUACAUAUUUUAUUUUACACAUCUGAGACGAUGAUUUUGAGAAGGGCUCCACAGGCUUCGCCAGAUUGUCCAAGGGGCCUAUGACAUGACAAAGGUGAAGAACGCCUAGCCUGGUUUGAGCCCGCUGGAACAGGCCUGUCUUUCUUAUGGACUUCAUGUCACUCGGUGCUCCAGCCAUUAGCCCUCAUCCCUCCCAUCUGUGCUGAAAGGUGCUAGUCUAUCUUCUGUCCUCACCUCAGUAAGUCCAAUACAGGGCUAGAAUGAGAAGUUGGACCACCCCAGUAUUACUAAAUAUUCUGUGAUCAUAUGAGCCCAUAAUGCCUUUCUCCUUUAUGGGGCAACAAGAUGGGGAUGACUUUAUUUUUUUUAGCCAGAGAAAGGAAGGCUCAGAAAAGUUAAGAGCUGUCCAGUUAGGCAAGGCUGGCUCAGUCGGGAACAUUGUGGGAAUAGAUACGUUAAGGGACUCCAUGCCUUCUUUCGACAGAAGGGCCCCCAGCAUUCUUUACUGGUGACAAUCACCCCCUCUGUGCAUUCCUGAACCUCGACUUCUGAGGGCAGCUAAAAGCGGAAAGUGUCAAAGACCCCAGGUCCAUGGCUCAACUGUGUCCCUUCCUGGCUCUGUGCCUGGACACCCAGUCUCCCGGCCCUCAUUUGUAGAUGAACUCAGAGGUCGCUUUCAGUGCUCGACCCUAGGACUCAGUAUCUCAUGUGGGGUCACAUCGAUGUUGUUUGGUCACGAAUCCUCUGCCAGUCAGAAAGCAUCCCAAACAAGAUGAUUGGAAUUCUCCAUGAGACAGUGUUCUUUGAAAAUUCAUGAGCUCCAUAAAACCAGUGGGAAAGAGAAAAUAGCAUUUACAGUAUGAAGGGUCAUUAGAGAUCAUCUGGUCCAAUUGCGUCUGUUAACAAAUGAGGAAACAGGCCCAGAGAACGUGGGAUGUCACUUGCCUGACAUCCCACAGCUAGGAAGUGGCAGAGCUGGGAUUUGAACCUGGGUCUUCUGCCCCCAAAUCCAGGGCUCUUUCCACCAGGUCUCAGUUGGCUUUGGAGGUGCAGUCCAUUUGCAUUUCUUUCAACACAGCCAAAAUGUACAGCAUCAAAUAGUAGCCUUUUGCAUGCAAAGGAAGUACAACAUACCAAGGAAUAGGCACUUCCAAAAAGCACAUAGCCAAUAACCAUUCACUUCCCAGAGAGGGCUGAGGCUACCUCCAGGACCGUACUACAAGUAAGUUCAUGUGCUCUACCGGAGGCAGCCAGAAAGCACCUUCCCCAAGUUCUGGGACCAUCCUCGCAGGCAUUAAAAAGAGAUGAUGAAUGGAAUGACCAAGCAGUGGGCUUUCUGUAGCAGAUAUGGGGCAAGAGGAGAUGGUACAGUUGAAAUAACCCCUCUCACAACCCUCCUGCUGGUUAACCAAGCUAAGGGUCCAGGGGCCUGGGCAGGAGGCUCCUGCUUUUUCUGUGUAGUAUGUUCAAUGGACUAAAGACAACUGCCCCUCUGAGCAAGAAAAUCAAGUCACCGUUCACGCAGCAAUUAAGGUCAGGUUGCCAAUUUGCUACUGAUACUCCCCUCCCCCAAUUUCUUGGUUUCAUCUGUGCCAACGUGACUGACUGUAUGUGGUGCUCUGACUCUUGCUACCGAGUAUUAAUUACAAAAGGCUGGCAAACUGUACUUUCCCAUGUUAAUCUAUUAAAAGUAUAUGCAUGGGGUUGUUCUUUCUUCUAGCCGAUGCUAUGGUCUCAUUAAAAAGUUUUCAUCCGCUUUCUGUCAGUUUCCACAAAGCCCAUUAGAUGGAAUGGAAUACAGUGUGGGGUUCGUGUACCUGUUACACUGUUAUCAGGUAUCUGUUACACUGAUUCCACUUACAGAAUCCUAUUCUGUCAGAGUUAGAAGGGACCUUCGAGAUCACCAAGACCAACUCCCUUGUUUUACAGAGAAGGAAACUGAGACCCAGAGA